CUCUCUCUCUCUCUCUCUUGGUUCUGAUACAUUUUGGUUGGAGAAACUGAUUGUUUCCAACACUCUGCGACAUCUUUACUCAUUUGUUCCUGCUGCUCAAUCAAUUAAAAAAGGAUUUUAGAAAGAAGCCAUGACUCCUAGUUCUUUCAAGCAAGAACUACUGAAAAAAUGGGUACUGGGUCUCCAAUCCUGUGGUUCAAUGGCCAAGGAAAUGAGUUUCCUGGAGAGAAAAAAUGCAAUCAAGCUAUCGGCAGACAUUGCCAUGGCUUCCGCUAGAGGUGGAAAAACUCGAUGGAGUCGCGCGGUCAUCUCUAGUGCUUCCAAACGAGACGAUAGCAAGCUUCUCGUUAGGAACAUAUUGGGCAAUGAGUUUGAGCGGCUAAUGAAGGCAUCAGUCGGAACUCCCUCGUGCAACAAGAGGUUUAUGAGCAAGAAGAUCUUGAGAAUGAGCCGCGGAUUGCGUAGGCUGAGAAGAAGUACUGCACGAAGACGGGUGCAAGCUAGCUCUAUCGCCAAAAGGAUGGUGCAGAGAAGAACCCAAGUUCUGAAAAGUCUUGUACCUGGAGGAGAAUCCAUGGAUGGGUUCUCUUUGAUAGAGGAGACUCUUGAUUAUAUUCUCUCUCUCAGAGCUCAAGUUGAUGUAAUGCGAUGUCUUGCUGAUGCUUCAGAGCGCUUGAAAAGUAAAUAAGAUCAUCGAGCAUCUAGUUAAAUUUCUUUUCUUUUCUUUUUUUUUUUUUGGUUUAGUUUCUUCCUUCUUCCAUGUUAAUUAGCUAGACAAGAUGGAGAAGAAUAGAAGCUUAUAUAAUUCAGGCAUGUAUAGAUGAAACUAUAUGUGUAAGUCAAGCCUAGCUUUUCUUUUCUUUUCUUUUUCCUUUUCCCCCCUUAUUUCUUCUCAUUUCCAUAAUUCCAUUUUAACUAACACAAGUUUACAGGUCUGUGUCUUAUGCUUUUGGGUUUAACCCUUUUAUGAUGCGAAGGCAUAUCCAUUUUGGUUUUUCUCAUUCA